AUGGAGAAGGCCUACAAGUGUAAAUAUUCAAAACCUUCGAGUUACAACAUGCCACAGCCACUCGUUGAUGUAUGGGGUGGUGGUCCAGGCAACGAAGUCAUUCUUGAAAAGGACAAUGCUAUUGUCUUCACGGACGAAGACAUGGAGGUCCCGUAUUCAGAUCAUAGGAGGCCACUUUACUUAGAGGGAGAGAUCAAUGAUGUGUUUAUAAGAAGAGAUUUAGUAGACAUAGGCUCUUCUGUCAACAUAUUGCCUCUGUCAGUGCUUAUGGCGGCUGGUAUUCCAUUAUUUGAAAUAGUGCAAUCUCAAACAAGCAUCAGCGGUUUCGGGAAUAAGAGUGAGGUCACAGUUGGUCACAUGCAAGUAAACUUGAAGGUAGGGCCAAUCCGGUCACUUACUAAGUUCUAUGUGGUAGAUGUGGAUGUGGCUUACCAUGCUUUGCUCGGAAGGCCAUGGCUUAACAAGCACAAGCUUGUGGUUUGGGGGCUCAACUGCAUUCUAUGGGAAAGCCCCGAGUAUGGAGAAGAAGUGAUGCAAACGAACAGCCAUAAUGGUCCCAACCACAAAGCACCCAUGCCUUGUGCUUUCCAGGAACCUGAGACAGCACCAAAGCAUAUGCAAGAUGGCUCAACAGCAGUGGCUGAGAAGCUGGAAACAAUCAAUUUGAGUGAUGAUUCUUCUACCCAAAGACCCAUCUUCAUCAGCAUUCACUUGACAAGUGAAGAGAAGGAAACGUUGAAGUCUUUACUAAAGGAAUUCCGCGACGUGUUUGCUAGGAGCUACUAG